AUGACGCGCGCUCUUCAAGCCCUCUCCGUUCUCCUCCUCGUCUCCUCCCUCUACCUCGUCCUCUACCUGGGCCUCGUCCCCCUGAAUGAAACCUUCCAGACCGAGGUUAUCCCAGUUCUCCCCUUCUACGCCGUCAUCGUUUUCGGAUGCUAUCUCCUCGGCCGUCUGGGCGUUGCGAUCUUCACGUUCAACGAUGUCCCCGAGGCACACGCCGAGCUACAGAAGGAGAUCGAGCAGGCCAAGAUCGAGCUGCGCCAGGGCAAGGUUGAGGUCGACUAA